GGGGCCGGUGCAGCUGAGGUGAGCGCUCCGGCUGCCCGAGCAUCCUCGAAGGCGGCAGCGGAGGCGGCGGCGGUGGCGGCGGCAGCGGGGUCUGUAGACUGAUUUACUCUGGGGGAGAAAAAAUGAAGAGUACUGCCAGGCCUUGGAGUGCAGUGUCAAAGCAAGGAAGUCACGGGGUUGACAGAGGAAAGUCACUUCCCACUGCCUCAUCAGGAAUGAAGACAUCCAAGUCCUCGACUUCACUCACUUUUGAAUCUCGGCUCAGCAAGCUGAAGAGGGCAUGCAGUGAUGAUAUGCUUACAAAACCAGGGGUGACAGCAGCUACUGGAGUUUCUAGACUGAAGAAGACCAUUACGACUGGAGCAAUCUCUGAGCUUGCUGAGAGUCGGCUGAAGCCCAGCACAGGAACAGUUUCAACUGCAAAGCGCACAGGGAUUCCAGCCCCCCGAGAAAUAUCAUCCUCUGUAUCAAGGGAGAGAGCUGUACUGCGUGGCCAAGCCAAUACGAGGAAAACUCAGCCCAGCCCCACCUCUUCUGGUACACCAACUCCUACCAAACAUGUGCGCCCCACUAGCAAGUCCAAGCAAGAGAGUGAAACUGGUGACAAGGCUGUUUUGGAAUCUCAGGUUAAAGAACUCCUGGCAGAAGCAAAGACAAAAGAUUCUGAAAUAACCAAACUCCGUUGUGAACUGAAGAAAUGCAAAGAGAAAGGGUCACUUAAUCCUGAAGGGAUGGGUGCUUCAGACCAAAAUGUAGAAACCUUGUCACCUGUUGACAUAGAUCCACUAAUACGGACCCUUCAGGAAAAGAACAGGACUUUUCAAAAAGAGCUUGCUAGCCUGGGGGAAGAAAAUCGUGUUUUGAAAGAGAAAUUGCUUUAUCUAGAGAACUCUCCUCUGUCAGACACAACAACAAGCAGUGGCGGUGACAGCAGCCUCCCUACCCCAACUACCCAAGAAUCCAGCUUUGGAAGUCCAUCAAAAAAUGUACUGAGAGGUGAAACAGUUGAGCACAGGCAGCGAGUGAAUGGGGGCACGCUGCGCAAUUCCGCCUCUUCCAGCAGCGAUGUAACUAAAGCUUCCUUGUCACCUGAUGCGUCUGAUUUUGAACAUAUAGCAGAUAUACCUUCCAGGCCAGCAUCCUCCAACAGCAACCACUUCAAAGGCUCCAAAUGUUCCACUACAGGAAGUUCUCCAAACAAUAUUAGUGACCUUUCUGUUGCAUCUCUUACGGAGAAAAUACAAAAAAUGGAGGAGAAUCACCAUAGCACAGCAGAAGAAUUACAAGCCACUCUGCAGGAGCUGUCUGAUCAGCAACAAAUGGUGCAGGAACUGACAGCAGAAAACGAGAAGCUGGUGGAAGAGAAAGCUCUCCUGGAGACUUCUUUUCGCCAACAUAGAGAUAGAGCAGAACAGCUGGGUCAAGAAAAUGAAAAGCUAAUGACUCUCCUCCAAGAGCGAUCCAAGAGUGAAGAAAGCAGAGCUCAGGAGGGAAAAGUCCUUGAACUGGAACAGAAGUGUGCAGAAGUUCUUGAAAAAGCACAAUUUGAAAGAGAGAAAUUGCUCAACAUUCAGCAACAAUUAACCAGCAGCCUACGAAGCUUGGAAAGGGAGCAUCAAGAUGCCCAGCAAGUAAUUAAAGGCCUGAGAGAUGAAAAUGAAAAACUGCUUAAACUUCUAGAAGUGGAACAGCAGAGCAACAGCACAGUGACAAAAACUCUGGAGGACUGCAAAAUUGCGUUGGAAGGUCUAAAAAUUGAGAAUGGAUCUCUAAAAACGCAGCUGGAGAGUGAGAAACAAAAGGCUGCAGAAAUCAACGCCAUGGGAUGCACUACUGACAACUCUGAGGUGCAAGAGCUGCUGAAAGUAGCCCAUGCAGAAAAGGAUCAGCUGGAAGCAUCUUGCACUGAACUUAAGCAAGAGCUGCUGAAGGCAAACAGUGAACUGAAGCAUGUUCAGGGUCUCCUAUCUAAGGCUGAGAAUGAGUGUGGUCAGCUGAAGGAGGUGUGUGAGCGGCAGGCUGAGCAACUGAGCAGAACCAGCCAGAAGCUGCAGGAAAAAACAUCAGAGAAUGAAGCAGAUAUAAAGAACCUAAAGGAGACAAUUUUCGAGUUGGAGGACCAGGUGGAACAACAUCGUGCUAUCAAACUUCACAACAACCAGAUCAUCAGUGACUUAGAAAGUAAAACUAUGAAGCUGGAAGAGCAAAAACAAGAUAUAGAGAAGCAGCUGAAGACUCUGACUAAGCAAAUGAAGGAGGAUACAGAAGAAUGGAAGCGUUUUCAAGCUGAUCUACAGACUGCAGUGGUUGUAGCCAAUGAUAUCAAGUGUGAAGCCCAGCAGGAGCUCCGUGUGGUAAAGAGAAAGCUUCAGGAGGAAGAGGAGAAAAGUGCCAGGCUGCAGAAGGAGCUUGAUGAAGUGAAGGGCAACAACAGGUGCCUGAUCUCUACCAGCUAACACAGCCCUGGAUGGAUGCAUAGCCAGGCCUGUGAGACACUUCAGGACAUGCCUUCAACUUGCAGCUGAAAAAGGGAAGUUUCAAUUGGAGAAAAGCACCCCCAGUUUUUUAUUGCCUGCAAAAGUCGAGUGUAUCACCAAGUGUGAAUGUGCUCAGGUCCACCUUCUCCCCAUGGGCAAGAGCUGAUUUCUUUGUUUCAAAAUGCUUCUCUCUUCAGAAGACUCCAUGCGGCAGGAAAAAGUUCUGAAUUAAUUUAAAACCUACUAGAAGUAAUCACAGAGAUUUGGGAGACUGAAAUAACUGAUGCCCCGUUUGGAGUGAUGGGGCUAUUUGCAUUUGAACAGAAGUUCAAAUGCUCUAUUUUAAGCUUAAACAAAAAUAAAACUGUGUGUAUGUCUAAUUUGUAAAAUUUAAUAAGCAUACACAUUUGUUCUUCAUAUAAUAUUCUAUUCAUAAAUCUUUGUGUCUAAAUACACGUGCAUACAGAUCUGUAUGUAAAAAUGCACACAAACUCUAGUGAUUCCCACCUUUGCACCUGGGGUGAGUUGCUCAUGGAAAUUAAUUACUGAAAUCCAACAGGAAAAUUAAAUAGAAAUAUUAUGCUUUUUAAUUGGUAUCAGCUGUUUUGUUGGUUUCAGUUUUUUAAUAUUGUGUUGCACUCACCACUUGGUGGCAUGUCUGACUCAGUGUGUGCAAGGAAGCAGGAUGAUGCUCAAGGAGCACGAUGUCCUUAUCCGAUUUUCACAGGCUGUGUCCCACAGGGGAGAGAUUUGUCCUUGCUAUGAGAAUUGCAGGUGAAGAGAUCCAAAAGGAAAGGCAACGGAUAUGUCAAGCUCUAAUCAUCAUCCUCUCAGAAGGAGUUUUUCUCAUGCCCUUUACUCAGGUGAAGUGUAUAAUCAGGGAGAACUUGUUUUGCUACUGGAGACACCUGAAGAGAGCUUUACUUGGAUGCUGAUGAGAAACUGAAAAGUCACAGUCUCUACCAGGAUAUCAUCAGGAUUUGUUACAGGACUGGGAUUACAUAUUUUGGCUAUGGGAUUCCUUCCUUUUCUCCUGGAUGUGAAGACCUAGCAGGGGCCUGAUCUCAGAGGAGGCUGAGCUAGAGAAUUCUGCAGGAUUCUGGGACAGCCUUCACCUAUGUGCCAUUCUACUGGAGUGUAUGCAUAUAUGCACACUUGUGUUGCCUUUCUUUACUGUGCUGGCAGCUGUUAAAUGUUGGUUUUUAUGUUUAAGAAAUUAUAUAUAUUGAAGUGCCAAAUAAAUGUUUGUGUUUGGAAUUGU